AUGCCAGCUCCCAGCCGGUGCCCCGUCGUGGUGCCGGCCGGCCAGUCUUUGGCUCUCGCCCGCUGCUCACCUCAGCUUAUCGCCCGCCUGCCACUGGUCUGCUGGGCCCCCGCCGCGCCAAAAAGAAACGGCCUGCCCCCACUGCACAGCAAAACAAACACCCAUCCAAGCCGCUGUCAUUUCCACGCUUUUUGCGUCUCGCUCUCGCACCCGCACUGCACUGCACUGCACUGCUCCGGAGCCUGCGCGCUGCCAGAGCGCGGUACGCUGCGUGCCUGCGACCCAAACCAUGUCCGUCUUGAAUUGCAGUGGGACACGUCGCUCCUGCUCCUGCACGCCAGCCGUGGCCGUGGCUUGCUGGGGGGGCACUACCCUCACCAUCUCCGUCUCCCUGCAGCCUACCCUACCCACCUGCAAAGCCCAUCGACAGCGACGUUGUGUGCCUCGUUGCAACUCAGGUACCCGUCUCUCAACCAUGCCCACUCCUUCGCACCCGCUGUAAGGGCCUUCCCUGCUCCAGCCCCCCAAGGCCACAACCGUCGCCCGCCCGCCCAAACGGCUGCGCAGCGCUGCCGUCUGCUUUUUUCCUCUUGUGCGUCUGCCCAUACACACCCUCCACUUGCCGCAAAGACGUGUCGGCGCCCACCAAGCCUCCGCGCCUCUGCUUCGAGGUCGCGUGAAACGUCCAAGGCGUGGCAGGCUGGCGUUUCAGAUGCACAUUGUGCUCUUGCCUGA